GAGAAAAAACAUUCCAGCAUUACUGUGCAGAAUUCAUUAAACAUUCAGAACAGAUAGGCGAUGGAUGGGAAUGGAGAACGUCAAAGAUGGUGAAGCAAGGGAAUAUAAGCCUCUAUUGGACUGAACACAUCCAGAAGACUUCUUUCCCAGAAAGACAGGCCCAGCUUCCUCAGGUGGAACUUAUUAUCUGACGUAUAUUUCCAGCCCUCUGACCUGGAAAGUUCUGAGGACUGUUCUGAUGGCUACAUGUACAAAACACACUUUCAAGUUAAAAAUGGGACUGUGGUGUCACAUCCAGGAACAUCUGCCUGUGUACAGACAUGUCCUUCCAUGGAGGAGGCUUUAGAACUACCCUCAGAUGACUUUGAAGUGACAGAGACUCCAGCGGCAUCUGAAGUGAUUAAAUAUGAGUAUCAUGUCUUGUAUUCCUGUAGCUACCAAGUGCCUGUACUUUACUUUAGGGCAAGUUUUUUAGAUGGGAGACCUUUAACUCUGAAGGACAUAUGGGAAGGAGUCCAUGAGUGCUAUCAGGCGCGGCUGCUGCAGGGUCCAUGGGACACUAUUACCCAGCAGGAACAUCCGAUACUAGGGCAACCUUUUUUUGUACUUCAUCCCUGUAAGACGAAUGAAUUCAUGACUCCUGUGUUAAAGAAUUCUUGGAAAAUCAAUAGGAACAUCAACUAUAUCACAUCAUGGCUGAGCAUUGUAGGGCCAGUUGUUGGGCUGAAUCUACCUCUGAGUUAUGCCAAAGCAACUGCUCAGGAUGAAUGAAAUGGUGAUUGACAAGAUUCUUCUAUUGAGCUAAGAAAUUGCUCAUGAAGAACACCAAGAGUUUACCUGGUUUUAUCAGGGCCAAUAUCAUGCAAUUUCACCUCACCAAGGUUUGACAUGGAUUUUUUCCCCCUGGAAACAAAUAUCGGCAGCAACUGAUAUUUGAUAUUCUGAAUGUUUAGAGAAACACAUCAAAGAUACAAAUCACUAUAAAUAGCAAAAAAUGGAUCUAACUCUGUAUUACUAGAAAUAGUGACAUCAUUAGGGCACUUAUGGGUCAUUCUUUUCUGGGCCAGGUAUUUCACAUCUCUUUUUCUGCUGUGCAGGGUGAUGGAGAAAUGUAUUUGUUGUUCAUUUUAAUGUAAGAUGUAUGAAAAUUAAAAUAUGCGGUUUAUAUAUCGCUGAAAACUAAUGUUAUAUACAUGAUCUGUCCUAAAUUAUUCUCCCACAGUCAAACUCAGGAACAAUGGAUUAUUUCUGUUUUACUCCAAAAGUGUGUAUAUAUUUGUAUGUGUGUAUGAGUGUGUGUAUAGAUAGAGAAUAAAGAAAAUAUUAUAGGCGAGAUAAUGUGUUUUUACAAGCAUAGUGUGGCAUAGUAAUUGUAAGCUUUAAAAAAUC